GCAUCUCGCUGCCACCGAGCCGGGAAGGGUGAAGUGUCGAAGGCCAGGAGCAGUGGGAAAGCAGCUGUCCCAGGUGCCUGGCCAUGGGGGGAGAGUCCCCACUGCAUGGCUGCCAUGAACCAUAGACCCUCAGGCAGUGGCACUGUGACGACUGAGCCAUGACCUGCCCACCUCGGUGGGGUAGAUGUGAGGAUAGUCUGGAAGUGCUGAGUUCCUGGCACUGGUCACGGACAGGUUAUUGGGUCGGAGGACCUCAAGAAGACUCCCCACGCAGGGACCCGUGCUCGGCUGGGUUGUGUUGAGAAGCUUCCCCAUGACUUCGUCACUGCUAAGGCCGAGCACGUCUCUGCGCCCUGCUUGCUGCCCUGGAGUGAGAGCUCAGCAGUGUCUGGGACCAUGGCGGUGGAGGACUGGUGCAGGCUCAUGGGCGUGGGUGAUCGGAAGUCGCUGAUGGUAACCGGCAUCCCAAGGGACUGUGGGGAGGCUGAGACCGAGGCCACCCUGCAGGAGACUUUGAAGUGCGUGGGCCGGUACAGACUGCUUGGGAGGAUCUUCUGGAAGCAGGAGAACCCCAGAGCCGUCUUGCUGGAGCUCCUGGAAGACCGUGAUGUCUCAGGGAUACCCAGGGAGGUGCAGGGAAAGGAGGGUGUCUGGAAAGUGACCUUCAAGACCCCUAGCCAGGACACUGAGUUUCUCCAAAGGCUAAACUUCUUUCUAGAGAAAGAGGGACAGACAGUCUCAGGGAUGUUCCGAGCCCUUGGGCAUGAGGGAGUGUCUCUGGCCACUGUCCCCUGCAUGUCCCCAGAGCUGUUGACCCACUUGUUCAGACAGGCGAUGGCACAUGCCCCUCGGCCCCUGCUGCCCAUGCGGUACCCGAAGCUGAGAGUCUUCUCCAGGAGUGCCACACCCACCCCAGAGGAGGAGCCCUUCGAGGUCUGGUUGGAACAGGCCGCCGAGGUAGUCAAAGGAUGGCCUGUCAUGGAGGCAGAAAAGAAGAGGCGGCUGAUGGAGAGCCUGCGGGGCCCCGCCCUGGACCUCACGCACAUAGUCCAGGCUGACAACCCAUCCAUCAGCAUGGAAGCGUGUCUGGAGGCCUUCAAAUAGGUAUUCGGGAGCAUGGAGAGUAGCAGGUGCUCCCUGGUGAGCUACCUGAAGACCUACCAGGAGGAAGGGGAGAAGGUCUCGGCCUACAUGCUGCGGGUGGAAACCCUGCUUUGGAGAUCCGUGGAGAAGCGGGCCAUUCCCAGGAACAUCACCGACCAGGUCUGCCUGGAGCAGGUCAUGGCCGGGGCCAGCCUCAGCGAGGUCCUCUGGUGUCGCCUCAGGAAGAUGAAGGAUCAGGGGCAGCCACCCACCUUCCUGGAGUUGAUGAAGGAGAUACAGGAAGAAGAAGAGAAAGAGGCCUCUUUUAAAAAUGAGAAUAUUGAGGAGCCACAAAAAGGAGGUGGCUGUGGGCCCUGGGUUAAAGAGCGAGAGGACUGAAAGGCAGCUAGGAGUGGCCGCCCCCAGCCGGCAGGCCUGGGGACCUUUGCUUGAUUAGGCUGAGACCUUCACAGUAUUUUUUCUUUAUCCUUUA